AUGUCCCAGUACACACAUCUAUCUGCGCCUGAUCCGGAAUUCCAAGCACUGUAUCAAGAGAAACUCAAGAGCCUUCAGGGAGGCCCGCCUAAUAUCACGCAGGAUGCCAUGCCUAGUGAUCCCAUCGCUGCAAUGAGGAAGGAGGCUAGGGAACUAUGGGUAGCCGAAGCGGAUAGAGCGUACGAGCAUAUUCUUCCGGAUGCUGCGACUUAUAGUAUCAGGGUUCACGAGGUCGACGUGUCCGGGGGUGCCACAAUCAUAGUCCGCGCUAUUGUCCCCGCGACGUCCAACGAUGAUAACCAUCCGGUUCUGGCAUAUAUGCACGGCGGAGGCUGGGUCAACGGCAACAUCUUCGCGGACGAAAAGAAGCUUAUCAUUCUUGCUGUCCGGCAUGGGCUCGCUGUCGUUAAUAUCGACUACAGGCUCGCUCCAGAAAACCCUUUCCCUGUACCCAUCGACGAUUGCACUGCAGCCCUCAAAUGGGUAGCGAGUCAUGCAGAUCUGCUGAAGGCCAACCCGAAUAAUGGGUUCCUCGUCAUGGGCUCCUCGGCUGGAGGACAGCUUGCCUCUGUCGUUGCCCGUCGUGCGCGUGACGACCCUCACUUCCGCGCUACACCCAUCACAGGCCAGAUACUCCAAGUUCCGGUCACUUGUCAUCCCGACGCAUAUCCUAAGAGAUACAAGGAUCAACUCCUUUCCUUCGACGGUGUCGUUGAUGCCCCCAAUCUCUCUAACGAGUUGAUGCGGUGGGCCUGGGACAGAUUUCAGUGUGACCCAAGUCAUCCUGAUGCGUCCCCAUUACUUGGAUCAUUCGAGGGUCUACCGCCUAUGUUUGUACAGGUCGCCGGUAUGGAUCCCCUUCGUGAUGAAGGCUUACUCUACGAGAGACUUGCAAGUGAGGCGGGCGUAGAGACCAAACUUUGCGUGUACCCUGGCGUUCCACAUAGCUUCGAGACAGAGUACUACGGGAUACAGGCGGCACAGCGAUUUAACAACGAUCUGCAUGAGGGCGUGCAAUGGCUACUGAAAAGGCAUGUCUGA